GAACUACUUUUAUUCGUUUUAUUAUAAAUUGUGCAGUUAAUACUGUAUUUCCCGCAGAACUGUGGUGGGUACAUUAUUUAUAAGGCCUUAUUUUGAAAGUCCCUGACCGGAUGUAGCGGGUACCCUCGUGUCUGACCACCCCUGCUGUGCAGAGAUUAAAAUGUCUAACGCCAGUUUUGAUAAAUCAUCACGGGUAUCAAAGGUCUGGAUCGCUUUGAGGCGGCUUGACAAAAACGGUUCGUAUAUUUCUAUGACAGAGUGGUGGCUCUUAGAGAGGUGUCCAUUCCUCCAGCAGCUGAUGUCACCAUGAUCAUACAGAUUAUCACCACUCCCUUUGGGCUGAACUCCUCUGAUGUAAUAUUCAAGAUAAGAAACCACCGUGGCUGUCUGAUCCCUCUGAACAACUCCAUCCCUGCUAACAGUAAGCACAUGCCUUACGUGCUUGAGGUAGCCAAGAUCUUUCAGCAUGUGCAUCCCAAGCCCAGAAUCAUCCCUAUGACUGUGAUUAACAAGAGCAUGAAGACGAGGCUACAGACUAUUGACAGAAGGUUUGUCUGGACCACAAAGCUCACUUGCCAGAAUAUGAAUUUAGAUUCCAGUGUUUUAUUACAGAUUCAGAGACUGGAGGAUCUUCUGCCUCAGAUCAAACUCAGGCGCAAUGAAAAACUUGGUCAGGAGAUUGAAUGUCUCAACCAGAAGCUGAGGUUUCUUCAAAGGAGAAUGCAGGUUGCAGAUUCUCAUAGCUGGAAGGGGGUGCUUACCAGAGCACCUCUGUGGUAAACCAACAUCUACCCACAUUUCCAGCUAUUUUGGAAGACACAAGCCAUCUUCUAGGACUAGGACUAGUUUAAUAAAUACAAACCUUGGGCUACUGGAAACAUGAACAUCACAAACUCACCUCUCUAACCUCCAGGGAACAAUAACUUUACAUGGAAACUGUCAUUCCCAAACGCUGCAUACCAAUAAUAAAUUCAGAUUUUCUGCUAAAAAAGGUUUAUUUUCUUAGAACUAUGUGUGCUGCUCUCACCUCUGCUGUCCUGAGUACUGUAGCCUUGGUUUUAUUACAACUGCACAUAUGAUAUAUAUUUUAUUAUACUAGUUGUACACCUCAGAGACAUUUUUCUUACAGAGUAUUUUCAGUAGAUUAACUGCUAUUUUUGGCCUGUAAAGACAGAAAUCUAUUAUAUUUUCCUGUCUGAAAAUGUAGUGAGAAAUUCAGUGUUUUGUAGGUGUAACUGAGAGACAACAUAUUUGUGACAUUUUUGUGUGGAUUCCUACUAGAACAUACUAUGGCAUGUAUAUGAUUGAUAAAUGACCAGAUGUAACCUGUGAUCUAACCUCAUGUUGUUUGUACCAUGAAAUUAAUUAAAUAAAGGAGAAAAACAGA